AUGAACAAGUUUCAAAUUUUUAACUUUUUUCAUCGGGAAAGUAUAACAUUCAUUGUAUUUUUAAAACCACACAAAGAAUGUUCAGUGAAACACGAUUACAAAGCUGUGUACGAUGACGACAUAUCCUUACAUGAGGGAGAAUCCAUUAUUGUGACGGAGACGUUAGAGAAUGGCUGGUGGAGGGGGUACACUCGCUCAAAAGAAGGAUUUUUUCCCGGAAGCUAUGUUCAAGUUAGAUAUGAGCAUUUUCUUCAAUUACGAGGUGAACACUCAAUUUAA